AUGGCUGACUCGCUCGAUUCCCCAAUGAAACAGUUAGACCUGGAUGGCAAACAGUUCGACUCCGCAGCCUUCGAUGCUCGCCUCGCAGACGAAGAGGAUGGCAAGAUCGAGAACUUCCAACCUCGGAAGCAAGCUCCUCAGAGUGCUCAAGAGUUGUUAACAGAGCUUGAAAAUGAGUUCCUGACCCCAUCAGACCAAUUCAGCACGACAUGGUUGAACUCUCUCCAAAAACGAUGGGACGUUCCGACAGAUUAUGCAGACCUUUUCGGACUCGCCCCAACCCAGACACGGACGGUGACUCGGUUCACAAGAGAGGGACUGGAAGGACGAGUAACUGGAUACCAGGAAGUCACGGUCCCUGCUGCAAGCGCAACAGCCAAGAAUUCCACAUCGCUUCUCCGCCGACCUGCCGGCCGUGCCGAAUUUGUCAGAGGUGCUGCUGGUUUCUUCCCAUUCGCUCCCGGGGGCUUAGAUGCUAUUGAAGCCUUGGCAGCAAUGGAAGCCGAUACUCAAGCCACAGAACAAUCGACAAACGGGAAGCAAUCUGGGCUCGAUCGCAUAAUAAACUUUGGCACCGAGGGAGGUCUUCUGACAACACCUCCUGGCUUCGAUAAUGGUAUUGAUUUCGAUGAAUCCAAAUCCAAAGACGCCACUGAGAGCGCCCAAGAGGUCGAAACAGCCCUUCAAGAGGAAAGCGAUCUGAAGGUGGAACAACCUGAAGAAACUGCGGGUGUCGAUAUAGGAGCAGAUGCUGAACUUGAUGAUGUUAGUGACGAAGAAGACAUUGACGCUUUGCUGCCGGUUGAGUUCCCGGCAUUGGAGCCGCGCAGUCAAUUGCUCGCUGGUGUUCACAAACAAAAAGGUAAAGAGUGGGCCCACGUUGUGGACGUGAACAAGGAAAUCCCGAACUUCAACGAGUUGGUUCCAGAUAUGGCCAGAGAGUGGCCCUUCGAGCUUGACACUUUCCAGAAAGAGGCUGUUUACCACCUUGAGAAUGGCGAUUCGGUGUUUGUUGCAGCCCAUACCUCGGCAGGAAAGACAGUUGUGGCCGAAUAUGCAAUCGCCUUGGCUGCUAAACACAUGACCAAAGCGAUUUACACGUCUCCCAUCAAAGCGCUGAGUAACCAGAAAUACCGUGAUUUCAGAACCGAAUUCGACGAUGUCGGUAUCCUGACCGGUGACGUUCAAAUUAAUCCGGAAGCUAGCUGUCUCAUCAUGACCACCGAGAUCUUGCGAAGUAUGCUGUACCGAGGCGCUGAUCUCAUCCGGGAUGUUGAAUUCGUCAUUUUCGACGAGGUGCAUUAUGUGAACGACCUCGAACGAGGAGUGGUAUGGGAAGAAGUCAUCAUUAUGCUUCCAGAGCAUGUCACAUUGAUUCUUCUCUCCGCAACUGUGCCCAAUACCCGAGAGUUCGCAUCUUGGGUGGGCCGCACAAAGAAGAAGGACAUUUAUGUCAUUUCGACGCAUAAGCGACCUGUCCCGCUGGAGCACUACCUCUGGGCCGGAAAGAGCAAGCAUAAGAUCGUCGACGCCAACAAAAGAUUCCUUGAGAGCGGCUGGAAGGAAGCAGAUGAUAUUCUGUCCGGUAAAGAUAAGGCCAAAGCCAAGAAGGAGGCUGAAGCUCAGGCGCAGUCGGCGCAAGCUAGAGCACCGGCCCCUCAGGGCCGGGGACGCGGUCAGCCAGCAAAUAUCAGAGGUGGUCGUGGGGGCCCGCAGCGCGGCGGCUCGCAGCGUGGAGGUCCGCAGCGAGGUCGGGGACAGAGCGGCGGCCAGUAUGCCAACCGAGGAACAGGCAACAUUGCUCGCACAGGACGUGGUGGCGGUCGUACAAGUGCGGCCCAAGAUAAAAACACUUGGGUGCAUCUUGUUUCGCAUCUUCGUCAAGAAGACUUGCUACCGGGAUGUGUCUUCGUUUUUUCUAAGAAGCGAUGCGAGGAGAACGCGGAUUCACUGUCAAACCAAGACUUCAGCAAUGCUAGCGAGAAGAGUUUGACACAUAUGUUCAUUGAGAAGUCACUCACCCGCUUGAAGCCUGAGGACCGCACGCUACCUCAAAUUCUUCGCCUACGCGAGCUACUAAGCAGAGGUAUCGCCGUGCACCAUGGCGGUCUUCUGCCUAUCAUGAAGGAAGUUGUUGAAAUCCUCUUCGCUAGGUCUCUGGUCAAGGUUCUGUUCGCCACAGAAACAUUCGCGAUGGGCCUGAAUCUGCCCACCCGAACUGUGGUAUUUUCCGGGUUCCGUAAGCACGAUGGCAAAAGCUUCCGUGAUCUCCUACCCGGCGAAUAUACGCAAAUGGCCGGACGUGCUGGUCGUAGAGGUCUUGACACGGUGGGAUACGUUAUUGUGACCAACAGCGGAAAAGAUGAAGCCCCAUCUGCUGCCUCGCUGAAACAGAUGAUUCUUGGAGAUCCCACAAAGCUUAGGUCUCAAUUCCGCCUCACAUACAACAUGAUACUGAAUCUAUUGCGCGUGGAAGCCCUAAAGAUUGAGGAAAUGAUCAAGCGGAGUUUUAGUGAAAAUGCAACACAAGCUCUCUUACCGGAACACGAGAAGCAAGUACAGGUAUCUGAGGCAAGUCUUGAGAAAAUCAAACGGGCACCCUGUGAGAUCUGUGAUCUGGAUUUGCUGGCCUGUCAUAACGCCGCUAUGGAGUAUCGAAAACUCACAGCUGAGUUCCACACAGGACUGCUAUCAUCGCCUGUCGGCAAGCGUCUUUUCACAAUGAAGAGGCUGGUUGUGUACCGCAAGGAGGGGCUCCGUACUGCUGGUGUUAUUAUUCGCGAUGGAGUUUCCGCGGGAGUUGUCGGGGCAGUGCCCUGUAUCCAAGUCCUUGAGAUCGGAACAUUGAGUAGCAAACGACACCCCACCGACAUUCUUCCAUUCUUGCCUCUGUUCCGACCCUACUUCCAAUCGCUUCCAACUCACGCCGGUGACAUGAGCCUCCGCGUAUGCAAGAUCCCAUUAUCCGAUCUCGAGUGCGUAACAAACACUCUGGUUAAGAUCACGAAACCAAUGUGGUAUUUGAACAUUAGGAAAGAGUCCUCCAAGUGGGCAGAAACGGAACUGCGCCAGAUUACCAGCUCUUGGAUCGAUACUGCCUGGGACGAAAUCGACUGGCAGCGUAUCAAAGAGAUGGACAUCCGCGAUAUCCUCGACAAACGACAGGCUCAGGCAGAGAUUGCUCAGUCAUGUCACUGUCUACAAUGCCCUGAUUUCGUGAACCACUUUGAGAUGCAACACGACGAGUGGCAAGUCAAAGAAAACAUCUCGGAGCUGAAGCAACUGAUGUCCGACCAAAACCUUCAACUACUUCCGGAUUAUGAACAGCGAAUUCACGUGCUGAGGGAGCUCGGCUUUGUUGACGAACACUCCCGUGUACAACUAAAGGGCAAGGUGGCAUGCGAGAUUCAUUCCGCCGAUGAGCUGGUAUUGACCGAAUUGGUUCUCGAGAACGUUCUUGCUGAAUAUGAACCAGAGGAGAUUGUUGCACUUCUCUCUGCAUUUGUCUUCCAGGAGAAGACGGAAAGCACGCCUACCCUCACUCCUCGGCUGGAGAAGGGCCAGAAGGAGAUCAUUCGUAUCGCCGAGAAAGUGAAUGAUUUCCAGAUCCUGCAUCAAGUCAUCCAGUCUAGUGAAGAUUCCAAUGACUUCGCCAGCAAGCCACGCUUUGGUCUCGCUGAAGUUGUCUAUGAGUGGGCCAAGGGCAUGUCUUUCAAUCGCAUUACAGACCUCACAGACGUGAUGGAAGGUACUAUCGUUCGGGUGAUCACACGACUGGACGAGACUUGUCGCGAAGUGAAGAAUGCGGCCAAAUUGGUCGGCGACCCAACUCUUUACACUAAGAUGCAGCAAGCUCAGGAGUUGAUCAAGCGAGAUGUCAUCUUCGCGGCCUCUCUUUACAUGUAA